AUGUCGGAGGGCGUCGCUCAGCUCAGGCAUGAGGGCUCGCAGCGCCAGGUUGUCGUCGCGGGCGCAAUCGCAGGCCUCGUCUCGCGCUUCGUCAUCGCCCCCCUCGACGUCAUAAAGAUCCGCCUACAACUGCAAAUCCACUCCCUCUCCGACCCCACCAACCCCCAUGGCCGCCUCACCCACAGCACGCUGGGCACCCUGCGCCAGAUCCUGCACGAGGAGGGCCUCCCCGGGCUAUGGAAAGGCAACAUCCCCGCCGAGCUGAUGUACCUCGCAUACGGCAGCGUGCAAUUCUCCGCCUACACAUCCAUGUCCCACAUAUUAGAGAGCCUGCCACCGCCCUACACACUCCCCAACUCCGGCGUCUCCUUCCUCAGCGGCGCCGCAGCAGGCGCAGCAGCCACCACGGCCACCUACCCGCUCGACCUGCUGCGCACGCGCUUCGCCGCCCAGGGCAGGGCGCGCGUCUACCCGUCGAUCCGCGCGUGCGUGGCGCACAUCGCGCAGCACGAAGGGGCGGGGGGCUUCUUCCGCGGGCUCGGCGCGGGCGUGAGCCAGAUUGUGCCGUACAUGGGGCUAUUCUUCGCGAGCUACGAGGCGCUGAAGCCGGUUGUUGCUGAGUCUCCCGUGCCGCUGCCGUUCGGCACGUCGGAUGCUGCUGCGGGGGUUGUCGCGAGCGUGUUGUCCAAGACGGCUGUUUACCCGCUCGAUACGACGAGGAAGCGCUUGCAGGUUCAGGGCCCCAUGCGGGAUCGGUAUGUGGAUGGGAGGAUUCCGGCGUAUAAGGGCGUUGUUAGUACGGUGACGAGUAUUUGGAGACAUGAGGGGAGGAGGGGGUUGUAUAGGGGGUUGACGGUUAGUUUGCUUAAGGCUGCGCCGGCGAGUGCGGUUACCAUGUGGACUUAUGAGCGGGCUAUGGCGAGUAUGCUGGCGUGGGAGGAGGAGCGGGUGGAUGCGUGA